AUGAAGGGCCCUUACCAGGCUGCUGGCAGGACCCUACUUACUCUAGGGAGCCUCAGCAUCCUCUCUGGAGUGCUUGCCUUCUUCCCCGUCUUCUCUUGCAAGCUUCAGUAUGCAGGAUGGAGCGUUUGGAUCGCCUGUCCCAUCUGGAACGGGGCUUUGGCCAUCACCACUGGGGCACUUGUAUUGCUUGCUCACCGAGACUGGAGCCGGAGACACUUGUGGGAAGCUGGCUUCACCUUUGCAGUUCUGAGCGUUAUGGGAUGUCCACUUCAUUUUGCAAUAGCCUUGGAAUCUGCUCUCCUUGGUCCAUAUUGCUUCUACUCCUUUUCAGGGGUUGCAGGGACCAACUACCUUGGUUACGCAGUUACUUUUCCUUUCCCAUACACGGCGUUCCCAUCAGUCUGCGUGGACCCGCUCCACUAUGAAGCGUAUCACCUGACGCUUCAAGUCCUGGACGUGUGUCUGAGCUUCGUCCUAUUCUGUGUGUCCCUGGCCGUGUUCGUCAAGCUUUCCACACGGCUGGUGCAGAACGAACACGGAAAUGUAAACAGUUCCAAGUCUCUCAGCACCGAGCAAAAGUCAUUGUGAGGACUGAAGAGAAAGCCGAGGCCAGCAAGCCCAGCCAGAGAGUCCCGGAAUACGCCAGACUUAAGUUGUUUACAUAGGCCAUACAAACA